UUCCACCAAAUCCUCCCUUCCUCUUCCGAAUGCUUGCGCGGUCAUCUUUAUAACAGGACGCUGCCAAGGACAAACAAGAGAAGUGAGCUCAUGAAGAUACAUCCUCUUGUUUUGGACAGGGCGAAAAACAUGACCCUGCGUGUCAAAUGACAGCGCAACACGAGCCCAGUGAGAGCGGCAUUCUCACGCAGUGAUCGAGGGAGUCGGUGCUCGAUUGCUAUGGUCUGACGCGAAGAUGGCAGAAUCGAAGUGUAACGUUUCCGCUCCUCACUUGAACUCAAUUCUACAGAUGGAUCCUUACCUCAAACCCUUUGAAAACGACUUCCAGAGGAGGUAUGGGCUGUUUAAGAAGCAGCUCGCUCUCCUUGAGGAGUCCGAAGGAGGCUUUGAUCAGUUCACACGCAGCUAUACGAGUUACGGAGUACAGCGGAUGCCAGACAACAGCCUCAUCUUUAAGGAGUGGGCCCCGGCUGCUGAGGCUCUGUUCCUCACUGGAGACUUCAAUGGCUGGGAUAAUUUUUCAUAUCCCUACACUAAAAAGGAGUUUGGGAAAUGGGAGCUGCACAUACCCCCAAAAGAGGACAAGACACCUGCUGUCACUCAUAACUCCAAGCUGAAGGUGGUUGUUCACACCAGAACAGGAGAGCGGCUGUACCGAAUCUCACCUUGGGCAAAGUAUGUGAACAGGCAUGAGAAGUCCGUCAUCUAUGAUUGGGUACACUGGGACCCUCCUCAACCUUACAUUCACAAGCACCCUCGUCCACAGAAGCCCAGGAGCUUGCGGAUAUACGAGUCCCAUGUUGGCAUUGCAUCUCCGGAGGGCAAAGUGGCAUCCUACAGCAACUUUACACACAACGUGCUGCCUAAAAUCAAAGAUCUUGGUUAUAACUGCAUUCAGUUGAUGGCGAUCAUGGAGCACGCCUACUACGCUAGCUUCGGUUACCAGAUCACGAGUUUCUUCGCAGCAUCAAGUCGUUUCGGCACCCCAGAGGAACUCAAGGAGCUGAUUGACGUGGCUCACUCUCUGGGUAUCAUCGUCCUGCUCGAUGUGGUGCACAGCCACGCAUCCAAGAACACAGAGGACGGGCUGAACCAAUUUGACGGCUCUGACUCCUGUUUCUUCCACAGCGGGCCCCGUGGAGAACACAGCCUCUGGGACAGCAGACUCUUCAACUACUCUAGCUGGGAGGUGUUGCGAUUUCUCCUGUCAAACCUGCGCUGGUGGUUGGAGGAGUACAGAUUUGAUGGAUUCAGGUUUGAUGGAGUAACAUCCAUGCUCUACCAUCAUCACGGGAUUGGAUCAGGAUUUUCCGGGGAUUAUGCUGAAUACUUUGGACUCCAGGUAGACGAAGAUUCUCUUGUCUACCUCAUGUUGGCGAACCAUAUUUUGCACACCCUCUAUGAAGACUGCAUCACUAUCGCAGAGGAAGUGUCCGGUAUGCCCUCCCUUUGCUGUCCAGUCCAAGAAGGAGGUCUGGGUUUCGACUAUCGCCUGGCCAUGGCCAUACCAGACAAAUGGAUUCAAAUCAUUAAGGAGUUCAAGGAUGAAGAUUGGAACAUGGGAAACAUUGUGUUCACAAUGACCAACCGGCGGUACGGCGAGAAAUGCAUCGCUUACGCCGAAAGCCACGACCAGGCCCUGGUGGGAGACAAAACUCUGGCCUUCUGGUUGAUGGACAAGGAGAUGUACACCAGCAUGAGCACUUUGAUUCCCAUGAACCCCGUUAUUGAUCGAGGCAUCCAGCUCCACAAGAUGAUCCGACUGCUUACCCACAGCCUGGGAGGAGAGGGUUACUUAAACUUCAUGGGCAAUGAGUUCGGCCAUCCAGAAUGGCUGGAUUUUCCCAGAGUCGGCAACAAUGAGAGUUAUCAUUACGCGCGCCGGCAGUUCAACCUCGUGGACACGGAUCACCUGCGUUACUGGCAGCUGUACGCUUUCGACCGAGACAUGAACCGCACAGAGGACAAGUACGGCUGGCUGGCUGCUCCCCCGGCUAACGUCAGCGUCAAACACGAAGGAGACAAGGUGAUUGUCUUUGAGAGGGCCAACGUCAUCUUCAUCUUUAACUUCCACCCAACCAACAGCUACAGCAGCUACAGAGUGGCAGUGAGGCCGCCGGGGAAAUAUAAGAUCAAACUGGACUCCGAUGGAAUCCAGUAUGGAGGCCAUGGCCGACUGGACCACAACACUGACUUCUUCACUGAGCCAAUGGAAUUCAACAAUCUGCCCAACUCUAUGUUGGUUUACAUUCCCUGCAGAACCGCGAUUGUUCUGGUCAACGAGGAAAUCGAUUACUGCUACUGAAACCCAAUCAGCGAUUCACCGAGAUAUUGGAAACCCAGCACACUUGUGACUCAACAUACCUCCAUUCACAGCGUGUUUGCCAUCAUCCUUUAGAAAGCCCACCACCAAACUGAAUUGGGUACAAAUUGUUAUGAAUACCUUCUACCCCAUUUCUCUACAAGUCAUAGUUCACACAUUAUUGAUUAUCAAGAAUUAGUUUCCCAAUAUCCCAUUGCCCAACUUGUUUGAAAUGGUUAGAUCAUUGCCAGAUUUUUCUGCCUGAUCCAGAGUGCAUCUUAAUUACUACUGAAAUUGCUAUUUAAUAAUGUUGAGGUAAAUAAUCACUUUGACUGUGGUCAGUAUUAUAAGCAAUACUAGUCAGCACUGUAUUUAUGAUAAUGUAAUCGUGAAAAGUACAUCUUACUGCUAGUUCAAUUGAUACAAGCAUUUUCUGACAUGCUGUGUCAGUGCUUUUAACUUGCGUAUAAAUAUUAAUGUGCACUAUAUAUUCAUUUGUCCAAGUAAAAAAAAAUAAUAAUAAUAAUAGUUUGAGAAUGUUUUAUUGAUUAUAUGUCAGUUCACUGCUGAGCUCGUCAACAAAGUUGAAUUAUAUAUUUUUAAUACAUGAACUCUGUGUAAAGUCAUAAAUUCGAAAGCAUACAUAUAUAUAUAUAUAUAUAUAUAUAUAUAUAUAUAUAUAUAAGCAUAUUUAUUUUAUAUAUAUAAAAUAUACUUUUAUUUUAUAUAUAUAUAUUUAUUUUUUUCCUGACUGGCUGGUUUGCAGUGCCUUUAAAAAUGUCAUUCAUAACCAGGUUUUGAUGAAUAUUAAUUUUACCAAAUAAGAAAUUAUUUUGAUUAAUUUAUACUAAAGCUGAGAUAAUAUAGCUUGUGCUAAUACUAAAUAUGAAUUCAUUUUCAGUUAAAGACAGUCGUGUUGUUUCACUGUCCAGCAUUUUACUUUUUAAACAUCUUUUAUGAUGUGUUUUCUUCUUUCUCGUCAAAAAUAACAGAUUUGUGUAAACUUGUUUGAGAUCCAGAGUCUGUGUGUUAAAAAAUAUAUAUAUCAUAAUUAUUAUAAUCCUGAAGCUGCUCUCUUCAAGACAUCAUUGGACACACUUGAUGUUCAUUUUCUCCUGUCUUCUUGUUUUGUGGUUGAAAGAAAUAUAAAUUUCCCCUCAGUUUACUUGAUGCUUACAUAGAUAUACAGUAUUCGGUAGCAUAAUCUGUCAUACUGAGAAAACGGCUUUCCAGAAACCAUCUUGAAUGAAAGUUCAUCAUCGCUGCUUAUUUUUGUGAUUAUGAAAAUAUCGUAGCUAAUUAAAAGGUUCUAUUUAACUGAAGCAAAAAGCUUUGAAACACAUUCAUAAGUUUGGAUGGUUCUUGUGAUGGUCAACAAAUAUUUGUGUGUAAAGUUGAACACUGUGCCAUGUGUGUGUAGAAGCCAUACUAAAAUGAAAUAAACUACUUCUGAAAGCAA